CUACUGUACAGUCUCUUUGAAUCCCGCUAUCUCAAGGUAAGUUUUAUGAUUGACGAUAAUCAAGGGGACUACAUCUUUCAGUCUUAACAAAGAAGACACAAAAGAGAUGUCUGAUCACGCAGUUGGCGAAUACCCCCCCCGUACACUUAUAGUGCCUUGAACUCCGUGUGGCGAAGACAUGUCUCCUGGUGGUUUCGAGUAUUACUCGACUCGAGCUCCAGACACCUUCUUCACAGUCUCACACUCCUGUAUCUGUUGAGCUGCUCCUCGCCACCGUUCUGACCCCGUGGCACUCCCUCCACAUCCUGUACCGUGUCCCCCUCCCCCACCCAUGGAGGAGUUGGAGAGGCCGAGAUGCGCGAAGAUGCGUUUCCCCGAUCUCCCCAGACCUGAACACAGGCCUUCAGCCCCGCAGCUCCACAUGAUGGAGGAACUUCUUGAUUUGCGAUCGCGGCUCGCGAGUUGUCGUCGAAGUGCCUUUAAGAACCCUCGGUGGGUUCGAGCGAGCGAGACAUGAGGCAACUCUUGCCCGGUCUGCGAGCCCCCUGCUACACCUCACAUCUGGAUCUGCCCGAGAGGACUUUGUCGCGACUAUGGCCGGAGAUGGUGCUGCACACGGAGAGCCUCACACAAAUGGGGUGAAUGGCACAGCCAACGACGAGGGCGUCAUCAAUUCGGACGGUGUCAUUGUGGUUGGCGCCGGUCCAGUCGGGCUCCUCGUCGCCCUGCGAUUGGCCAAAGCGGGCAUUCCUACCACCGUCCUCGAAAUGCUACCCUACGUCGAGCAGUCCCCACGAGCCGCCGUCUACCACACCGUCGCCGUGCGGGAGCUCGAUCGCGCAGGGGUCCUCGAAGACUGCCUCCGAAGAGGGAGCACGGGGUCAGAUGUGCGUUGGAUGAAGGUGAACGGAGAGACCAUCGCAGAAGUCGACCGCAGACCGUUGCCCGGGGAGUAUUCGGUGCUGGUAUUGGGACAGCACGAGCUGGCCGAGGUCAUCUUCACGCACUACAAGCGCUGCGCAGGCAGCAAGGUCUUGUUCAACCACAAAGUCACCGCGGUCCGACAGUCAGGGGACGCGAACGGCGCGGACCUCACGGUGGAGACCCCCGACGGUAUCAAACACUUUCACUCACGAUACGUGAUCGGGGCGGAUGGAGGGCGCAGCAGUGUCCGGCGGCUCUGGGACAUCCCCUUUGAAGGUUUCACGUGGGAUUUCAACCUCGUGGCGUGCAAUGUCAUCUAUCCCUUUGAGAAGUACGGCUUCCGUGGAGGCAACUUCAUCGUCGACAGCGAGCACUGGGCCCUGAUCGCCAAGCUGGCCGAGCCGGGCCUCUGGCGUUGUUCCUACGGCGAGCUACCGGGGUUGACGCAAGACCAACUGCUCGAGAGACUGCCCUGGAAAUUCGAAUGCAUGUUCCCGGGCCCCAAACCGCUGAACUAUGAACUGAAGAUGGCGUCCCCGUACAAAAUCAACCAGCGAUGUGCGACCACGUUCCACAAAGGCGCGGUCCUGCUGGCGGGAGACGCCGCCCAUCUGUGCAAUCCUUUUGGCGGCAUGGGACUCACGGGUGGCAUUCUCGACGCGGGGGCGCUGGCUGACGUCCUGGUGGCGGUGAUCAACGAACGCAAAUCCGAAGCACUCUUGGACCGUUAUUCGGACCUGCGAAGGAAGGUGUUCCUCGAGGUGGUAGACCCCAGGUCACAGGCCAACGUGCGGCGGAUAUCGGAGACGGACCCGGACACCGUCGGCCAGACGGACCCGUUCUUGAAGAUGCUGAACGACCCGGCAAUCGACAAGACCAACCUACGAGGAUUGGAUGACCUGUAUGUCGACGUUAUGGCUGGGGUCGAAUGAAUGUGCGGUGAAUCCGCCAUCUGUUGAGCAAAGCUGAGGAACAGAAGAAAGUUCGGAUGGCUAACCUGAUGGUUUCUUCCAGAGCCGAUUCAUGGACCACCAAGACAUGGAAUGACCCCUUGGGAGUUCUGGAGGCCUCGUUGCAUGGUACAAUGGCCUCGAACUAUAUUCAAGUGUUUCAGAGCCCAGGGAGUAAGUCCCGGCUGAGUCAAUAACGAACGGGAGUAAUCCGUUGUUACCAUGGACUUGUGAUGUUUAUAUAUGUAUAUAUAAAUACUCGAACUGUCAUCCUUCGCACCCAUC